AUGGUAGAUGGAUCGUCCACAGCCAAUGGUUGUGGGGUUGGUAUCAUUUUCCAGUCGCCGGAAGGGUACAAGUUUGAAUACGCCAUGAAAUUUCAAUUCCAGGCUUCAAACAUCGAAGUAGAGUACGAAGCACUCUUAGCCGGCAUCAAGAUGUGCAAGGCGACUAGAGCCUUGGAAAUUGAGGCAAAAACAGAUUAUCUGAUGGUGGUCAGCCAAGUGAAUGGAGACUUUGAAUGCAAAGAGGCUUCUAUGAGCAAGUACAUGAGUUUAAUUAAAGAAGAAAUAAAGACAUUGAAACGAUUCAUCCUAGAUCAAGUACCAAGGUCUGAAAAUCAUCAAGCUGAUGCUCUCUCCAAACUAGCCAGUUCCGCUGAGGGGGGUGCGCCUAGAACAGUGUUUUGGGAGGUCAAGCCGGCCAAGAGCAUCGAUGCCAAGGAAGUCCUGUUUCUUAGCCGAGAAGACGAAUGGAUGAGCUCUAUUAUUGAAUAUAAGAAGACAGGUCGGCUGCCCCUUGAUCCCCUAGAAGCUAAGUAUGUGAAGGCUAGGGACAAGUGGUUCGAGUUAUGGAAUGAAACACUGUACAAGAAAUCCUUCAACCGGCCUCUUCUUAAGUGCAUCAGUAGGAAGGAUGGAUUGACAGUUUUGAAAGAAGUGCAUGAACGAGCCUAUGCUUCCCACAUUAGGGGGAAGGCGUUAGGAGAAAAAGCUCUAAGGACUGGCUAUUUUUGGCCGACCUUGAAAGAGGACGCCCUGCUUUAUGCCAAGAGAUGUGAUAGUUUUCAAAAGCAUGGCAACAUAUAUCAGAAGCCGUCCAACUACCUGACUCCUGUCCUCUUUCCUCUUCCCUUUGCUAAAUGGGGAAUGGACAUUCUUGGCCCUUUUCCUAUUGUUGUCGGCCAGAAAAAGUUCGGAAUCAGGGCUCACUUUGCUGCAGUGGCUCAACCACAAGCUAAUGGGCAGGUCGAAGCUUUUAAUAAGAUCUUGUCGGCCGGAAUAAAAAAGAAGCUAGAUAAUGCAAGGGGAUUAUGGGUUGAAGAGUUACAAUUGGUCUUGUGGUCAAUAAGAACAACGGCCAAAAAAUCAACCAGUGAAACUCCGUUCAUGCUCGUCUAUGGCUCAGAGGUUGUUCUCCCUAUUGAGAUUGAGGAACCAACUCUGCGAGUGAUGAUGUACUCAGAAGAUGCCAACUGGGCUGCUCUCCGGACGGCCUUAGAUCUGGUUCCUGAAGCAUCUGAUAAACGUCUUGAAAUAUGUUUUGAAAUAUUCGGCCAAUGA